ACUUCAACAGCAAAGUUGUUUUGGCAAUUCCUCACCGUGGCGUUCCGAGCAAGCCUACGCAAGAUGACCAACUUCCAGGUCAACAUCGUCAGCGAUACCGUGUGCCCAUGGUGCUAUGUGGGUAAAAAGCGUCUGGAGAAGGGCAUCGCAUCCUACAAAGAGAAACACCCAGGCUCAAACGAUACCUUCUCCACCAACUGGUUCCCCUUCUACCUAAAUCCCGAAGCGCGCCAGAGCGUGGACAAGCAGCAAGCAUAUGAGUCGAAGUUUGGAAAAGAGCGAGUGAGAAUGAUGCAAGAGCGCCUGAGUCAAAUUGGCAGAGAGGAAGGCAUCAACUUUAAAUACGGCGGCAAGACUGGAAACACACGCGACUCCCACCGACUUGUGCAGCUUGGAAAGACAAAGGGCCCACAAAUGCAGACACGUGUCAUUGAGGAACUUUUUGCCGCUUACUUUGAGAACGAGAAAGAUAUAAUGAGCCAAGACAUUUUGAUCGAGGCAGGUGUUAAGGCUGGCCUGGAAGAAAAAGAAGUUGAAGAGUGGCUGAAGAGUGGCAAGGGAGGCCCAGAGGUGGAUCAGGAGGUUGAACAAGCGCGCAGAAACGGUAUUUCUGGAGUCCCUAAUUUUGAGAUCAAUGGCCAGUACGAGGUUGGAGGCGCGCAAGAGCCAGCUGCUUUUGUUCAGCUAUUUGAGCGGUUGAAGAGGCAGGAGGGUAAUCUUUGAGACUGCCAAGGUUCCUGAUAUUAUCUAAUGAACUCGCAUACUCGUAGGAAUAUCAAACUUCUGAAUGAUAUCACGACUUAUUUGCA